AGGUAUUAAAGUGGCGAGGCGAUAGUACGGAGGGCGGGCGGCUGUACUGAACAGCUGAGCUCAGUCUUUACCCACCCGCAGGCUGAAACGCGCGUGCCUUGGUCCCGAGCCGCGCGACGAAAAACAAAAAAAAAACAAAAACGUUGUCGUUGAAAAAAGGGCGCCAAAUUUUCUAUCGGCUCUGUGGCAUUAAACGUAAGUAUAAGAUUACAAUGGGGGGCUGGUUGAGCUACCUGUGGUGGGGCGGGAACCCGGACGCAGUGAACGAGGUGUCAGGGCUGACGCGGCGCGAGGUGUACGCCGUGCAACGCUCGUGGGCCCCCGUCUCUGCAAACUCCGUUGCUAAUGGGACGGAACUCCUCAAGAGACUUUUCCGCGCAUACCCAGAGACAAAAGACUUCUUCAAGAUGCUCCGCAACCAGACCGAAGAAGACUUCUCGAGCAACAUCCAGUUCAAAGCGCAUGUCAUCAACCUGAUGAGCUCGCUCGACCAGGCGGUGGCCAACCUCAACCAGCCCGAGGUGGUCGCCGCCAUGAUGAAGAGGCUCGGGGAGUCGCAUAAGAAACGGCAGAUUAAAGAGAGCCACUUUCAUGAUCUAAAGGACGUAAUAGUGAAGAUGUUCAUUGAAGUGUUGAAACUCGACGAUGCGACACUCGGUGCAUGGGGCAAGACCGUCGACUUCUGGUACAAGCACGUGUUCGAGACCCUCAACGCUGAGGCAAGAUAGCAUGAGCUAAGCGACUGAAACAAUCGCGCACUGAACGAAUUGUGACUGCUUUUGGGUCACACUCGUACUGAAACACAAAAUGUCCCGUUCUCGAAAGUUAAGCACA